AUGGCCAACCGCACGGCAACCGAGGCCAAGACCAUCCACGGCACCAACCCGCAGUUUCUCAUAGAGAAAAUCCUGCGCACACGCAUCCAUGACUCGCUGUACUGGAAGGAGCACUGUUUCGCCCUCACUGCGGAAUCCAUCAUCGACAAAGCCGUCGCUCUCACUUCGAUCGGCGGACAAUAUGGAAACCAGAAACCGACCGAGUUUAUCUGCUUGGCGCUGAAGAUGCUGCAGCUACAGCCUGAGAAGGAUAUUGUCAAGUUGUACAUACAAAACGAGGACUAUAAAUACUUAAGGGCCCUCGGAGCUUUCUAUCUACGGCUUACGGGGACCUCUUUGGAAAUAUAUAAGUACUUAGAACCACUAUUAGGAGACCUCAGAAAGCUCCGUCGGCGGAAUAUAUCUGGUGGAUUUGAGCUGACGCACGUUGACGAGUUCGUCGAUGAGCUGCUACACUCGGAUCGGGUAUGCGACACCAUUCUUCCUCGCAUCACCAAACGCCACAUCAUGGAGGAGAACGGAGACAUCGAACCGAGGAUCAGUCCCCUAGAAGAAGAUCUAGAGGAA